CUGAAGGCGGAAGUAAGGAAAACAACAGAACACGGAAAAGCGGAGGACGUUCUUGUUAGUGUCUAGAAACAUACAGUCUCAGGAGGAUUUUUGGGUUUCCCGUACUUAAAAACAAGAUGUCCGUAUUCGGCAAAUUGUUCGGCGGUGGCGGGAAAGGCAACAAAGGCCCAAGCCCACAAGAAGCGAUUCAGAAACUCCGCGAGACAGAGGAGAUGUUAACGAAGAAACAAGAGUACUUAGAGCAAAAGAUUGAAGCUGAACUAUCGACGGCAAAGAAAAACGGCACGAAAAACAAACGAGCUGCUUUACAGGCCCUGAAAAGAAAGAAGCGAUAUGAGAAGCAACUUGCUCAGAUAGAUGGCACUCUCUCCACCAUUGAGUUCCAGCGAGAAGCAUUAGAAAAUGCUAAUACGAACACAGAAGUGCUUAAGAACAUGGGCUUUGCAGCUAAGGCCAUGAAGACAGCCCAUGAGAAUAUGGACAUAGACAAAGUGGAUGACCUCAUGCAAGACAUCACAGAACAGCAGGAGUUGGCACAGGAGAUUUCUGAUGCUAUUUCACGGCCUGUUGGUUUUGGAGAUGAAUUUGAUGAGGAAGAGCUCGAGGCUGAAUUGGAGGAGUUGGAACAGGAGGAGAUGGACAAAAACAUGCUGGAAAUCACUGGUACAGGGGAUCUCCCUCUGCCCAGUGUGCCUUCAAACCCAUUACCCCAAAAAACAGUCCAAAAAAAGAGAGAAGAAGAGGAUGAGGAUGAUAUGGAAGAUCUUAAAGCAUGGGCCAUGUGAACUUGCCCCAAUCAGACACUCUCAUUGCUUACUUUGGUUGGCUUGAAUGGGCAAACCUGAGCACCUUCAGAGGGUUAACACUACAAAAAAAUUACUUCAAGAAUUACCAUAUCUCUUGAAGUAUGGCUAGGAUAAGUCCAGACAAGAGUUACAAAUGACAAUGGAUAUGAAGCAGGAUUUCAAAGUUAAUCAGACAAUAAAAUCUGAUGACAGAAAGACAAGUGAGAAGACCCUUAAAUAUUUUACCAUGAUUAUUCAGAUAUUGAUUGGUGUCUAAAAUUUUCACUUAUUUGAUAGAGAGUUAAUUUUAAUUUUCUACUUUUCAAAAAAUGUGUAGUUUUGUCAUAAGCAUGUUUGCUGAUACACAACUGUGUUUUACAUCAUUUACAUGCUCUAUUUCUCAACCGAUUGACCUUUCUCAUCUGCUAAAUUAGAUUGAUUUGGUACUUGUUUACUACAAUCUUUGAUAUCAGUGUGUUCUGUUAAAUUAACGUAAUUCAGCACUUCCAACUGCAUAAACGUUUUUACCGUUUAUUGACCGUGACAUAUUACAGUUUAGUAACAAACAAACAAAAAUAUUAGAGUAAUUGAUGUUAGCUAUUGCUCCAUGAAAACAAAUCCUCUUUGACUACCCUUCAUGAAUUAUGUGGUGCUUUUUUUUUAAUAUUUGCAAAAAAAAUCCCAUUUAAGUGCAGGUCUUGUCUAUUAUGCCCAUUCUUGGCCAAAUACAUUAAUGUGCUGAGGAUUUUGUCUGACAGUAGAUUGUUGUAAUUAUUGAAAUAUACAAAAUAAACAUUAUUACUUUUUUUUCUUCUUUGGAAGCAUAAACCUUUUGCUGGAUGCUGUAUCUAUUCAGGUUGAGACAUAAGUGGGAUUUGUGUACAUUUGUAUGUUUGAACAUUUUCAGAUGGCUUAUUUGAGAGAACAUUAAACUUUUGGAUUCCUUUGCUCUGGUGAUGUUAUAGUUUUUCCGUGGUAAAGAUAAUAUCCUUGAUCUUGCUAAAAAAUAAAUAAUACUAUUUCUCCAAUAAAGUAACUUCUGUCUUGAUUCUUGCACUCCAGGCAUAUGAACACUUGUGCUAAGUGCCUUAAUAAUUGAAAUGCUUUUGUAACUUGAGUGGCAUGUCUUUAAAUGACAGGCUGUGUGUAAUGCCUGAUAGUUGAAAAGGGAGAUUCAUGGAAAUAUGGGGCAAGGUGUGAUGUAUGUGUAUAUUUUCUUUUCACUGUCAUGCCUGUGUAUUCCUGGUAAAAAAAAAAAUAUAUGUGUUAUUAUUUCCCCCUCUUAUUUGAGUGGUUUUGGGGUGGGGUAAUGAUUUUCAAUAAAGCAUACUGCAGUUGAAUUUU